AUGGCAAGAACAGAAACCCCAGUCACUCUGAGCUGCCGAUCUCUAUCACUGGCAACAUUACCAGGAGAGCGGUGUCUGCUCUUGACAGUGGCCUUCUCUCAGGCAGUGGCUUUCCCUCAGACAGUGGCCUUCCCUCAGACAGUGGUCUUCCCUCAGACAGUGGCCUUCUCUCAGACAGUGGCCUUCCCUCAGACAGUGGUCUUUCCUCCAGUGGCCUUCCCUCAGACAGUGGCCUUCCCUCAGGCAGUGGCCUUCCCUCAGACAGUGGCCUUCCCCCAGACAGUGGCCUUCCCUCAGGCAGUGGCCUUCCCUCAGACAGUGGCCUUCCCUCAGGCAGUGGUCUUUCCUCAGGCAGUGGCCUUCCCUCAGACAGUGGCCUUCCCUCAGACAGUGGUCUUCCCUCAGGCAGUGGUCUUCCCUCAGACAGUGGCCUUCCCUCAGGCAGUGGCCUUCCCUCAGAAAGUUGUCUUCCCUCAGACAGUGGCCUUCCCUCAGACAGUGGUCUUCCCUCAGACAGUGGCCUUCCCUCAUCAGACAGUGGCCUUCCCUCAGACAGUGGUCUUCCCUCAGACAGUGGCCUUCCCUCAGUCAGUGGUCUUCCCUCAGACAGUGGCCUUCCCUCAGACAGUGGUCUUUCCUCAGACAGUGGCCUUCCCUCAGACAGUGGUCUUCCCUCAGACAGUGGUCUUUCCUCCAGUGGCCUUCCCUCAGACAGUGGCCUUCCCUCAGGCAGUGGCCUUCCCUCAGGCAGUGGUCUUUCCUCAGACAGUGGCCUUCCCUCAGGCAGUGGCCUUCCCUCAGACAGUGGUCUUUCCUCCAGUGGCCUUCCCUCAGACAGUGGUCUUCCCUCAGGCAGUGGCAUUCCCUCAGGCAGUGGCCUUCCCUCAGACAGUGGCCUUCCCUCAGGCAGUGGCCUUCCCUCAGACGGUGGCCUUUCCUCAGACAGUGGCCUUCCCUCAGACAGUGGUCUUUCCUCCAGUGGCCUUUCCUCAGACAGUGGCCUUCCCUCAGACAGUGGCCUUCCCUCAGACAGUGGUCUGCCCUCAGACAGUGGCCUUCCCUCAGAUAGUGGUCUUUCCUCCAGUGGCCUUCCCUCAGACAGUGGCCUUCCCUCAGAUAGUGGCAUUCCCUCAGACAGUGGCCUUCCCUCAGACAGUGGUCUUUCCUCAGACAGUCGGCUUUCCUCCAGUGGCCUUCCCUCAGACAGUGGCCUUCCCUCAGACAGUGGUCUUCCCUCAGACAGUGGUCUUCCCUCCGACAGUGGCCUUCCCUCAGACAGUGGCCUUCCCUCAGACAGUGGUCUUCCCUCAGACAGUGGUCUUUCCUCAGACAGUGGCCUUCCCUCAGACAGUGGCCUUCCCUCAGACAGUGGUCUUUCCUCCAGUGGCCUUCCCUCAGACAGUGGCCUUCCCUCUGUCAGUGGCCUUCCCUCAGACAGUGAUCUUUCCUCCAGUGGCCUUCCCUCAGACAGUGGUCUUCCCUCAGACAGUGGCCUUUCCUCAGACAGUGGUCUUCCCUCAGACAGUGGCCUUCCCUCAGACAGUGGUCUUUCCUCCAGUGGCCUUUCCUCAGACAGUGGCCUUCUCUCAAACAGUGGCCUUCCCUCAGACAGUGGUCUUCCCUCAGACAGUGGCCUUCCCUCAGACAGUGGUCUUCCCUCAGGCAGUGGCCUUCCCUUAGACAGUGGUCUUUCCUCCAGUGGCCUUCCCUCAGACAGUGGCCUUCCAUCAGGCAGUGGCCUUCCCUCAGGCAGUGGUCUUUCCUCAGACAGUGGCCUUCCCUCAGACAGUGGUCUUCCCUCAGACAGUUGCCUUCCCUCAGACAGUGGCCUUCCCUCAGACAGUGGUCUUCCCUCAGGCAGUGGCCUUCCCUCAGACAGUGGUCUUUCCUCCAGUGGCCUUCCCUUAGGCAGUGGCCUUCCCUCAGGCAGUGGUCUUUCCUCAGACAGUGGCCUUCCCUCAGACAGUGGCCUUCCCUCAGACAGUGGCCUUCCCUCAGAGGUUGGUCUUUCCCUACUGAGCCUCGGUGUUAGCUGCCCCAACCUUUAGUGUGUUCCUCAGACACUGCUCACAUGGGGAGUAGCUUGUAAAAGUUCACAUUGUUUGGUGUUGCAAGUCACAAAAGAGGUUGGAUUUCUGAGCCAACAUGUAUGCUUCCAUCCACAUUAUAGUCUGGAGCUAUAAAUAGUGAAGGCCAAAGCUCCGACUUUCUUUCCAUUGCAUGUGUGAUCAGGAGUUUCUCCACUUCUACCACUUGCUAUUGGCUUUUGUUAGAGGGAUUUGUAGAUCGAUAAUCAAUCUGAUUGGCUGCAUCAUCAAUGGAACCUUUUUGUCAUCAUGUCCUGGGGGAGGACUAUAAACCAGAGCUCUGGCUCACACUCUGGGAGGUAACCACUGUGCCUCAGAAAUCCCACAAAAGAUCACUGCACCCAAGAAAACUGGUACAAACGUUUGUUUAUCCAAGAUAUAUCCAGUGAAAGUGCUUGCACUGCCUAUACUAGUUGGUCAGUCAUAUCACUAAGUUGCUUGUGUGUAUUUCUUUGAAAUUUAGAGUAGAAUUUUACAGGACUCAAUAUCAUGUUUUAUAAUUAGUCCCAGGAGACAUUACAUAUCCUCCUGUAGUUCAGAAAGGUUUCUUGUAGUUAAUAGAGAAUUUCAAAGCAACCAUGGAUAUCAUACUUAUUCUUUAAAAUCUCUCAAGACUCGAAGCCAAACAUUUUACAGAAUCAAAAGCUGUGAUGUAGUCAUUUUGCAAGAUGUGCUCAUGCACAUUGAUGUCAGCCACAAACAGUGAAAUGAGAGCAAAACUUAAGGACAUUCAUAUGGGCUAGUAUUCACACUAAUGACAAAGUAAUAGAAACAGUUGGAGGCUACAGAGCUUGGCUUUUUUUUUGUUUCGUAACUGAUCAUAACUGACAGUGUAUGUUUGUGGACAUCAUUCAGUAAAUUAUUCAGAUUAAAAGCCCCUUUUACUCGGGUAUUUCAAUAAAGCAGACCUUGCAAUCAGUUUUGCAUGAUGACAUUUUUGAUGGGAUAUUCAUUGGAUAUGGGCAUCACUGGCUACACCAACAUUUAUUUUCUAUCUAUAGUUGUCAAGAGGGCAUCAAAGAGUCAAUCACAUUGGUGCGGGUUUGUAGGCCAGAUGAAGUGAGGAGACCAGUUUCCUUCCCUAAAGGACAUGAGCAAAGCAACUAUGUUUUUCCUAACAAUUGUUUCAUGGUCAUCACUGGACUCUUAAUUCUAGAUUUUUAUUGAAUUCAAUAGCCACUAUCUGCUGUGGCAAUAUUCAAACUUAGGUGCCCAGAUCAUUACCUGGGUCCCUGGAUUACCUCCUCAUAAACCCAACUGGGAUAGAAGUCUGUUAUCCAAACAACAGUAACGGAGGCACCUUACUGUUACUUUAACUGAACUGAUGGGGUCUUUACUCUGGAGAGCAGUUGUCUCUACAUCCUCUGUUAGUGUCUUACCUAAACUAUAUAAACCUACCAAUGCAUGGUCACAGUUAACUUAUCAGUAAGCUUCACAUUGUCAGGAAGAAGAGAUCGCAUCUAGAGUGAGACACAGACCGCAUGAGUUAGAGUUUGGGGAAUUUGGAGGCAAUAUACAAAUUCAGUGCGGAGAGGAAGAAGUGCUUUUUGCUUGCCAUUUUUAGCUCAUAGUUUAAAGUUUGUUUUUACAGAAUAAAUUGAAGUCGGGGAUCAGGGUCCCAGCAUUAAAGAGUGACAUCACAGGGAGACCAUUAGUUCAUUGAUGAUAGCUACUAUUUGACGAGAAUUGCUUACUUUCAGACUGAAGGUCAAGAGAGAAACUAUUUACGGGCUACAAACUAAAAGACAAGUAUGACAUUUUUAAAAAUCCAAUUAAAGAAAAAUAACUAAAAUAGAGAUGCCAGGCCAAGCGAUGUGUUGUAUCUGUAAGAAGUGAGAGCUGGUGGACCCCAUUGUGGUUUAGUGACGUCGGUAUCAAGUAUUGGUUGCUUGAGAAACCUGGGCUCAGUGUCGCUGAGUUGGAGUCUGAGCUUCCAACAGAGCACACGUCAGGGAGGGGGAGAGUUACUUGGACACUGUACCUCAGGAGGUGUAACAUCUCGAAUUUCAUCAGUGGUCAGAGACAGGAGAGUGUGUGUACGAGCGACUAAAGUAGAGGGAUCCAUGAGGUAGUGCUGAAGGAGCCUCAGCUCUUGAGCUUGUCUAACAGGUUUGAGAUUCUUGCUCCCUGUGUGGAUGAGAGUGGGAGCUGUAGGGAGGAUGAGCAAACUGAUCAAUGCAUCAUGGUAAAGGCAGCCAUUAUUGGGGAUAGUAUAGUCAGGGGAAUAGACACUGUUCCCUGUGGCUAGAAUCGAGGAUCCCUAAGGCCUGGUGCCCAGGUUCAGGAUAUCCCAUCCCGGCUGCAGAGGAACUUGGAGUGGGAGGGGAAAGGUCCAGUUGUCAUGGUGCACAAAGGUAACAACAAUAUAGGUAGAAAGAGGAAAGCGGUUCUACUUAGUGAAUAAUAGAAGUUCAAAGCUAAAUAAAAAGCAGAACUGAAAAGGCAAUAAUCUCUGGAUUACUACCUGAGCUAUGAGCAACAAGAUGGAAGAGGUAGAUAUGUGGCUGAAAAGACUGGUGUGGGAGAAACGGGUUUGAAUUCAUGGGACAUUGGCACCAGUACUGGAGAAGGAGGGAGUUGCUCCAAUGGGAUGGGCUCCACCUGAAUCAUGCUGGGACCAGAAUCUUGGUGAAUCACACAAGUAGGGAUGUGGAUAGGGCUUUAAACUAAAUAGUGGGAGUGGGCUCAAAUGCAUGGAAAAUUAUGGAAAAAGUUAAAAAGGGAAAAGGGCUCAGCAGAGGUUAUUCAAAUUUCCUAAAUAAGUAAAAGGGCAGAGAGUAUGGAAUGGGUCAGGAGGCACAGAGGAUAACCGAGCAAUCAUGAGAAGGGGUAGCAAUCAAUGCAGGACUGAGGGUGUUGUACUUAAAUGUGAUUAUCCCAAGCAGAGGUCGCCACCAUAUACUGGCUAAAUUCAACCUGAGUUAUCCAGGGGUUUCCAAAAUAAAGGUGUUGGUGACACGUUAUGUCUGGUGACCAGGAUGUGCUGCAGACACAACUGUGUUGGUGGGGCAGUACCAGAGUGCCAAAGAUUAAUGCCAUCAGCUUCCCCAUAUUCGUGGGAAUGGCAGGGUAAACCCUGGACUUGAUUAGCGUUGGACUAUGCAGAUCUUUCCAUGGGCUCAAUGCUAUCUGUACACAAGAUGGCGGCACAGUAAGACUCUCCAGCUGGAGCACCUCUGCACGUUUUAUACAGAACAAGGUCAAUGAGCUCUUAGUGCAGAUUGGAAUUAGCAGGUACAAUGUUGUGGGUAUCACAAAGGGGUGACUGCAAGGGGAUCAGGGCAACUAUAUAUCCAAGGAUACACAUCCUAUCAAAAGGACAGGCAGAGGGGGGGCUGGUGUUGCCUUGUUAGGAAGCAAUUAAAUCGACAGCAAGAAAUGAUAUAGAGUCAGAAGGUGUAGAAUCUGUGGGGGUAGAGUUGAGGAACUGCAAAGGCAAAAAGACCCUGAUGGGAAUUGUGUACAAGCCUCCCAGCAGCAGUCAGGACAGAGGGAAGAAAAUAAAUCAGGAGAUCGAAAAGACAUGUAAUAGAGACACAAUUACAAUAAUCAUGGGGGACUUCAAUAGGUAGGUGGACUGGGAAAAUCAGGUUGGUAGCAAAUCUCAAGAAAAGGAAUUUUAGAAUGUCUACAAGAUGGUCUUUUGGAGCAACUUGUGGCAGAGCCCAGUAAAGAACGGGCAAUUCUGGAUUUGGUUAUGUAUAAUGAGGGAAACAUGAUUCGGGAGCUUAAUGUGGAGGAACCCCUAGGGGACAGUGAUCAUAAAAUAAUGGAAUUCACGCUGCAGUUUGAAAGGGAGAAUUGAAUAAAGACAUGACAGAAGAGUUAGCCAGAGUUUAUCAAAAGGGGAGCCCAGCAGGGGAAUAUGUUGGAGCCGCAAUGGAAGGGAUUUCUGAGGCUAAUUUGUAAGGCACAACAGAAAUUCAUACCAAGGAGGAAGAUGAGGCAACCAUGGCUGACAAAGGAAGUCCAGGACAACAAAAAAACCCAAAAGAAAUGUGAUGUGAUGAAGAUUAGUGAGAAGCUAAAGGAUUGUGCUGCCUUUAAAAAUCAGGAGAGGAUAACUAAGAAUGUGAUAAGGUGGGAGAAGAUGCAAUAUGAGGGUAAGAUGGAGAUUUAAACAAUUCUUGGAUAAGCACAUGGAUGACUUUAGGAUAGUGUAGGGGAACGAGCUGAAAAUAGUUCA